GGCCCAACUCUGGGGCGGGGCCUCGUCGUGGGCGGGGCCUCCUCGAGUUCCGGAGUAGAGUGUCUGGCAGCCUUUGGUGGAAUCGCGAUGCAGCCGCCGCCCCGAAAAGUGAAGCCAGCCCAGGAGGUGAAACUUCGCUUUUUGGAGCAGCUGAGUAUCCUUCAGACCCGACAACAGAGGGAGGCGGAUCUACUGGAAGACAUCAGAUCCUACAGCAAGCAGAGGGCAGCCAUUGAACGGGAGUAUGGCCAGGCACUCCAGAAGCUGGCCGGGCCAUUCUUGAAGAGAGAAGGGCAGCGAAGUGGGGAGAUAGACAGCAGGGCUAGGACAGUGUUUGGUGCCUGGCGCUGCCUUCUGGAUGCCACUGUGGCUGGAGGCCAAACCCGACUUCAGGCGUCUGACCGAUAUCGUGACCUAGCAGGGGGUACCGGGAGGAGUGCCAAGGAGCAGGUGCUUAGAAAGGGGACAGAGAGCCUCCAGCAAGCACAGGCUGAGGUGCUACAGUCCGUCCGGGAGCUGAGCCGAAGCCGGAAGCUCUAUGGGCAGCGAGAGCGAGUGUGGGCCUUGGCACAGGAGAAGGCAGCCGAUGUCCAGGCCAGGCUGAACCGAAAUGACCAUGGGAUCUUCCACUCUCGGACCAGCCUCCAGAAACUGAGCACCAAGCUGUCCGCCCAGUCAGCCCAGUAUUCCCAGCAGCUGAGAGCAGCCCGCAACGAGUACCUGCUAAAUUUGGUGGCCACCAAUGCUCACCUUGCCCAUUACUACCAAGAGGAAUUGCCAGCACUGCUCAAGGUCCUGGUAAGUGAGCUGUCCGAGUACUUGAGGGACCCCCUGACUUUGUUGGGACACACCGAGCUGGAAGCCGCAGAGAUGAUCCUGGAGCAUGCCCGCCAUGGGGGGAAGGCAGCUUCUCAGGUAAACUGGGAACAAGAUGUGAAGCUGUUUCUUCAGGGGCCUGGAGUCUUUUCUCCAACUCCACCUCAGCAGUUCCAGCCAGCAGGGGCUGAUCAGGUGCGUGCCCUGGAACGGGGAGCGGGAGGCAUGGCUGAAGAGAGUGGCUUGGAGAGAGAGGUUCAGCGCUGGACAAGCAGGGCUGCCCGGGACUACAAGAUCCAGCAUCAUGGGCAUCGGGUCCUGCAGCGACUGGAGCUGAGGCGUCAGCAGGCUCCAGAGCGAGAAGCUCCAGGCGUAGAACAGCGGAUACAGGAAGUGAGGGAGAACAUCCGACGGGCACAGGUGAGCCAAGUGAAAGGGGCCGCCCGGCUGGCCCUGCUACAGGAGGCUGGCCUCGAUGUGCAGCGGUGGCUGAAGCCAGCCAUGACCCAAGCCCAGGAUGAAGUGGAACAGGAGCGACGACUUAGUGAAGCUCGACUGUCCCAGAGGGACCUCUCUCCCACAGCUGAGGAUGCUGAGCUUUCUGACUUCGACGAAUGUGAGGAGGCUGGGGAGCUCUUUGAGGAACCUGCCCCACCAGCCCUGGCCACCAGACCCCUGCCCUGCCCUGCCCAUGUCGUGUUUGGCUAUCAGGCAGGACGUGAGGAUGAGCUGACUAUCACAGAGGGUGAGUGGCUGGAGGUCAUAGAGGAAGGAGAUGCUGAUGAAUGGGUUAAGGCUCGGAACCAGCAUGGUGAAGCAGGCUUUGUUCCUGAACGAUAUCUCAACUUCCCGGAUCUCUCCCUUCCUGAGAGCAGCCACGGCAGCGACAAUCCCUCAGGAGCAGAGCCCACAGCAUUCUUGGCACGUGCUCUGUACAGCUACAUAGGACAGAGUGAAGAGGAGUUAAGUUUUCCUGAAGGGGCACUCAUCCGCCUGUUGCCCAGGGCUCAAGAUGGAGUGGACGAUGGCUUCUGGAGGGGAGAAUUUGGGGGGCAUGUUGGAGUCUUCCCAUCUCUCCUGGUAGAGGAACUGCUUGGCCCCCCGGGGCCACCUGAACUCUCUGACCCUGAACAGACGCUGCCAUCCCCUUCUCCUCCCAGCUUCUCCCCUCCUGCACCCACCUGUGCCUUGGACGGAUCCCCUGCACCUGCUCUGCCUUCCGACAAAGUCAUAGACUGCCCUGGACCCCUAGACAUGAUGGUGCCUCGACUCAGGCCGAUGCGUCCACCACCUCCCCCACCAGCCAAAGCCCCAGAUCCUGGUCAUCCCGAUCCUCUCACUUGAAGGCCAGGAGUCACUGCCCUUCGGUGAUGCUGCUGCCCCUGUCUCCAUGCUGACAGAAGCCACCCCCUCAAUGGUCUGGAGCGACAUAAGCAAAAGCUGCAGUCUUCCCCGAUGUCCAUUCUCACCUCCGGGGGUAGAAAUUUACCCUGUUCCCAUUUCUGGGAUUUGAACCCAUACCCUCCCCAUAUUGUUCUCCUGUCAUUUCUGGAAGUACCCCCUUUGACUUUGUGCUAUCACCCCAUAUCUAAGGUGGUAAAACACCACAAAAUCUUCGGGGCUGGAACCCAUCUCCCAAAGCCUUGCAUGGCUCUGGCUCAUCUCUGUCUUCACCCGGCCUCUGUGGUCAACCCCACCCUGAAUGUCAGGGUCAGUAGGCCUGGGGCCAGGAGAGGAGCAGACUUUGGAAGUCAGAAGGAGCUGAGCCAGGAUGCAAAGCAACUGUAAUGGUCUGAGCGGAUUUAUUGACAGUGAAUAAAGGGUAUGAAGUCCAA